GUGGUAGAGGUGACGUGGCGUCACGGGUGGUAGGGGUGACGUCACUGCUCGGAUAGUUUGAAUCGAGACGCGGCCGCGCGCUUUCACCCGCGGUUUUGAGCUCCCCCUCAGGUGUCCACAGAACCGCGAUUAUUAAGUUAAUUAAACGUAGCACCGUUUUUUUAUAUAUACGAGUGUAAGGAUAUACAGUAUAAAGACGAUUAAAGCAAAUUAAGUGGCCGAGAAAAGUCGCUCGCUCAAUUGUGGGGUUUUUUUUAGGCAAUUCUGGGCCGAGUUAAGCGCUCCACAUUAACAUCCCUUUUUCGUAACAACAACAACAACAAAACUGCUCGCUCUUAAUUAUCAACGUCGCAGCGAACUUUAUUGUCAAUUAUUAUGACUCGAGCGUGUGUAUUCGUGUAACGCACGACCUGGGGGCCGCGCGCGCGGGCGGUGAGGCGAAUGCGUUCCGGCCCACGGAUAACGACGCCUCACCCAUCAUCACCACCACCACCACCGCCGUCGUGGGGUAAAGCUGCGUGUACUCUCUCCUUCUCUUCUCUCUACACUCGACGUUAGUGAACGUCUCCCUCCUCUCUACACUCGACGUCAGUAAAGCUUACGCACACCCACAGCGCCUCACUUUGUCGAGCGGCAGUGCGGGUUUUUUUUAAUAUAGCUAAUUGUGCUGCAGUGCGGUUUUUGGUGACUUGCUUGCCCUUAUCAACACACAAACACAAGAGAGCUCGCAUCGGUAAGCGAGGGGUGUCAACCAACCCCUGCGUAGACCAGCGUGGUGAAGUAUGGUCAGAAUCCACAUCACAACCCCUGCAUAGACCAGCGCGGUGAAGUAUGGUCAGAAUCCACAUCACAACCCCUGCAUAGACCAGCGCGGUGAAGUAUGGUCAGAAUCCACAUCCAAACCCCUGCAUAGACCAGCGUGGUGAAGUAUGGUCAGAAUCCACAUCACAACCCCUGCAUAGACCAGCGUGGUGAAGUAUGGUCAGAAUCCACAUCACAACCCCUGCAUAGACCAGCGCGGUGAAGUAUGGUCAGAAUCCACAUCCAAACCCCUGCAUAGACCAGAGCGGUGAAGUAUGGUCAGAAUCCACAUCACAACCCCUGCAUCGACCAGAGCGGUGAAGUAUGGUCAGAAUCCAUAUCACAACCCCUGCAUAGACCAGCGCGGUGAAGUAUGGUCAGAAUCCACAUCCAAACCCCUGCAUAGACCAGCGUGGUGAAGUAUGGUCAGAAUCCACAUCACAACCCCUGCAUAGACCAGCGUGGUGAAGUAUGGUCAGAAUCCACAUCACAACCCCUGCAUAGACCAGCGUGGUGAAGUAUGGUCAGAAUCCACAUCACAACCCCUGCAUAGACCAGCGUGGUGAAGUAUGGUCAGAAUCCACAUCACAACCCCUGCAUAGACCAGCGUGGUGAAGUAUGGUCAGAAUCCACAUCCAAACCCCUGCAUAGACCAGAGCGGUGAAGUAUGGUCAGAAUCCACAUCACAACCCCUGCAUAGACCAGCGUGGUGACGUAUGGUCAGAAUCCACAUCACAACUCCUGCAUAGACCAGCGUGGUGAAGUAUGGUCAGAAUCCACAUCACAACCCCUGCAUAGACCAGAGCGGUGAAGUAUGGUCAGAAUCCACAUCACAACCCCUGCGUAGACCAGCGUGGUGAAGUAUGGUCAGAAUCCACACAACCCCUGCAUAGACCAGCGCGGUGAAGUAUGGUCAGAAUCCACAUCACAACUCCUGCAUAGACCAGCGUGGUGAAGUAUGGUCAGAAUCCACAUCACAACCCCUGCAUAGACCAGCGUGGUGAAGUAUGGUCAGAAUCCACAUCCAAACCCCUGCAUAGACCAGCGUGGUGAAGUAUGGUCAGAAUCCACAUCACAACCCCUGCAUAGACCAGCGUGGUGAAGUAUGGUCAGAAUCCACAUCCAAACCCCUGCAUAGACCAGCGUGGUGAAGUAUGGUCAGAACCCCACCCACCACCACCCCCCCCCCACGAUGAACCUAUAUAGAUUGGGAAGGCAUUGAUCCAGCGAAUGGGUUGACACUGCUGUGAUGUGUUAGGCCGAGACUCUCUUGUCAGAUUAGUGGUAAAGAAAAGCCUAUAUAAUACGUAACCGGUAACCUUAACUGUACCCUCUAACUCUAACCCCUAACCAUAAUUCCAAACCCAGAAUUUACCCAUAAACCCUACAUCCUAACCCUAUCCCCUAAGUCCAAAACCCUAACCCCUAACUUCAAACCAUAUCCAGAAACUCCAAGCCUAACCCAUAACCCUCAUAACCCUCACUCAUAGCCCUAAACCUAAUCAAACAAAUCCAUAAACAUAACCCUGUAAAUGUUGUGGCUUUGCUCUCCAACACACCAGUAUGAUGUACUAGUAACGAAUUGGCAUGUUCUGUUUACGUGACAAAGGUGAGUUUAAAGACACAUUUUUACACGAUCUAACCCUAAAAAAAAACCUGUUUUAUGGAUGAUAUUGGUCGCGAAACCUACGUGUUUAUAUGGUAAUCAACGCUUGGAUUUACGUCAUCGCGAUUUUCCCCGUCGUGUCUUUCAGGAACGCAUCCCCGAUGUAAACCCGCGGUGGUGUGACUGCACCCGCGUAAUAAUAACCCCUCCUAUAUUUCAACUUCACAACAAUCUAUGCCCUUCCCCAAUAAGGACAUGCUUAGUCUCAGUCGUUCUUCAGGAACGUACCAGCGGCACCGUGUGGACAAAUUCCCUUUUUUUUUCUCAGCCUCAGCGCUUAGGCCAGGCGAAGGCUGCGGGGGGGAGGGGGAUGAUGUCGUCGCAAGCUUCUCUGCGCGCAAGGCAGUUCGGUGAGACGGCAGCGGCCGCACCGGCGCCUUGAACCCUUCGGUGCCGAGCCGCCCCUUGGCAACUGCUGCCGUCGCGUUCGGCGAUGGCCGAACCCCCCGCGGCAUCGCCGCCGCCGGCGCCCACCCCGCCGGGGCCCACCCCGUUGGCGCGCCUGACCGCGACGCUCGGCGACUUGCAGAGCAUGGAGGUGAACGUGGAGCCCUCGUCGGUCGCCGUGGUGGCCGUGGAGCGCUACCUGCGCGAUCUGAGGGUGCCGCAGGAGCACGGCGAGCACCAGGCGCCGCAGCCCAGCUUCGCCUACGACGUCACGGUGACGGACGGCGAGCGCCGGCUCAAGUGCUCGCUGGCGCUCCGGCUGAGCCACCUCGUGCACACGAACCGCCUGAAGGCGGGCUGCGAGCUGCUCGUCCUCCGCUACGACGUCGGAACGGCCGAGCGGCUGGUGGUCGGCGUCCGCUUCCCCGUCAUCGCCGACGCCGAGGUGGUGGCGGAGCGCUCGCGCCUGCUGGUGGGCGCCGACGCCGAGGCCCUGCCCUGGGCCCUGGGGGCGUCGUGCGCGGACAAGCCUCUGGGGGCGGCGCGCGACUACUACCUGCCCCUGUGGAACGGCGAGGACUACUACGGGCGGCGGUGGGAGGAGGCGACGGCCGAGGACGUGCCGGUGCGGCUGGCGCGCCGCGCCACCGUCAGGAGCCUCGAGGAGGUCGCCGCGGCAGGCGCGAGGGGCCCCCCGCUCGUCGUGCGGCUGCUGCACAAGUCGCGGCUGCUGCACUUCGGCCGCGUCGACAGGCGGCGCCCGUGGCCCUACCGCGUCUACCUGGAGGUGUGCGACGGCACGGGCGUGAUGCCCGCCGUCCUGUGGAACGAGCUGUGCCCCGAGUGGUUCCGCUGCCUGCAGCCCGGCCAGGCGCUCGUGCUGCGCGACUACACGCUGAAGGGCGCCUUCGCGGGCCGCACUUGGCCCGACGUCUACGACGUGGGCCUGCCCACGUUCAAGACGCUCGAGAUCAACCUGAACUCGCGCCACCCGGCCGCCGACAUCCGAGUCGUGCACCCGCGCCACGUGGACCCGGCCUGGCACCUGCCCGAGGGGCGCUACCGCUUCACCCGCCGCCGCGACCUCGGCUCGCUGCCGGCCGACCGCGCGUGCGACGUGGUGGGCCUGGUGUCGUACGUGGGGCGCCAGGAACGCAUCCGUAAGAAGGACGAGCCGUGGCGGGCGCGCGACGACUUCUGGGUGAGCCGCUGGGUGCACGCGGUGGACGCCAGCAGCGAGGAGCCCUUCGUGCUGCAGCUCUUCGCCACGUCGCAGCCCGACGUGCACGAGCUCCUGCGGCCCGCCACGCUCGUCGUGUGCACGCAGAUGCGCGUCAGGCACGGCCUCGGUGGGCCCUACCUCACCACGUCCGUCGAGAGCCAGGUGUUCGUCACGGGCCAGCACGCCGACAAACCGUACGCCGCCGAGCCCGCCGUGCUCGAGGUGGCGCGGUGGUGCUGCGGCAUCGCCGACGACGACUUCUUCGCCCGCUCGGCGGUCGGCGGGUGCUACGUCUUCCCGCCGCUGCCGCCGACGCUGGCGGAGUUCGCCGAGGGACUGCCGACGGCGCUCGCCGUCACCCCGCUGGAGGAACUGCGCUCGGAGAUGGCCCGGCUGCAUUACCGCGAGCGGAAGCGCCUGGUGGUGCAGGGCACCAUCGCGGAGGUGCGCUUCGUGGAGCUGAGCGAGGCGGCGGGCGGGCAGGAGAACGGCGGCGGGCACGACGCGCCGCCCUCGGCGCCCGUCCGGGGCGCGGAGGCGGCGGCGGAGGCGCCGGCGCCGCCAUCGCAGGCGGAGGACGAGACGGGGGACGAGGACGACUUCCCGCUGACCUCCGCGCAGGUGGUCGAGUGGCGCAGCUACGACCUGCGCUCGGGAAAAAACCCGACCGGGCGCGGCCGUCGCCGGCAAACGCGGCGCCGCCAAAAAGAAGCCGAGGCUCGACGACGUCGUGGGGGGCCGCCGACAGCCCGUGGCGCCCAGCGCCCCGGCGGACGCGAGCCAAGGGAGCGUCGCCGGCUUGUUUGGGCCGUCGGCGGAGACGUCGGCCGGUCCCGAGCGCGAGCCGUCGCGCCGGACGAUGCUGACCACGUCGCAGGAGAUCCCGCGGCGCGGGGUUCCGCGGCGCGCGGGCCCGACUCCGCCGAGGCCCUGUGGGAGACGAACGGCUGGUCGGGUUCUCAGCUCGUCCUCGCCGACCAUCUGCGCCUGGGCGAGCUGCCGGCCGAGGCCGUGAUGCGGCGCUACGACCACGAGCGGCGCGACGCGCAGCGCGAGCUCUGCAACCUGCAGCCGGCGCGCCGCGCCAGCCUGCCCCCGCGCGCCGCGCCCGCCGCCGAAGCCUUCCGCCCGGCGUGCGAUCGCGUCGGCUACUUCGUGGUGACGCUGCUGGGGCUCGACCGCAAGGUGGCGCUGGACGUGCCGUUCGUGCCGGUGUGGGACCGCGGGGACCGCCGGGCGGCGUGCGCGUUGGCCGAGGAGCGGGCCGGCCUGCUGGAGAUUCUGGCGCACGGCAGCGUGCCGCCCGGGGUCUCGCCGCUGCAGGUCACGGAGUCGGCAUCGCCUCUCGCCGGCCAGAGGAUGCUGUUCGUGCUGGAGCAGUGCCGGCUGGGGGCCGAUAGCGUGGAGGUGACGCUGAACCGGGCGUACCCGGCGCCGGGCAUGUGACGCCGCCGUCCCGUCGGUCGUUCUGCCCUCGGUCGCCGAAUUGCACGAGGGUCUCGUCCACACCCGUGUGCCGAGUUGGCCGGAAUCGUGCGGCCGAUCGUGCCGGCUGGGACGCGCCGGGAAUUUGCUGCCACGUCUCCUCCUCGGGCCGCGCCGGGUUUGUGACCCCCCUCCCCACGAGGGUACGGAGGGUGGCCAGCGUAGCGAGUAGGUUUUUGAUCCAUCUCUUGAGCGGGGUUUUUCAUGUAUUCCGUUUUCUUAGGUUCAAAAUGGAUUUGGUCGGACACACGCCGGGCUCAUUUACCAAAGGGUUUGCGAGCUUUUCUUAACAAUUAAAUGAAUUGCAGUGUCAUUAUUAUCACACCAGUAUUCCUCUGCCAUAUUGCCUUGUAGCAGUUGGGUGUUGCUUUACAACUCGAGGGUUAAAUUUAAAUGUGACGGGCGACGCUUAACUUAUUUGACAGCAACCGGUAAAGAAAAUUCCACAUUGUUACGGCAGGGACCAUUUCCACACAGUUGUUCCUGUCUGGAUAUUUCACCUUAAAAUUCCCAAGACUGGAAAUCUCACCAAUUCGCUUGCCAAGAUGAAUUCCCACUCCACGGCAGGAUGCAGGUAAAGUGGAAAGACCCUAAUUUGCCACCUGUGAAUUGGGAGCAUCGUUUGCAUUGCACCCAUGCAGCAUCUAAACCUCACAGCGCUUGUGACCAAGCCUGCGUGUGGGCUCGUACCACUCGUAAACGGUAGCCAUCCGAACAACGGAAGGUUCUUGCGAUCGUGCACGCGCAUUUACCUUUAUUUUUAUUUUUUACCUGACUGCGAGAAAUGUAACCUCACCCUCAUGUAAAUUUCCACCGGUCGCACCCCCAAGAUUGAUUGAAUCCUGUCCAAGUGCCUUGCGGGUUUGCUCAACACGGACAUCGGCACGACGGUUUGCCAAAACCUCCGUGGGCUUGAGGCCGAGUGGCGAUUAUCGGUGGUUUUUAUUUAUCGUUAUUUUCGGUCGCGCUCCCGGAGAUCUGCAAAGCCCGAGUCUGCGGCGGCGCUGGGCAGUGACUCGGCAGGGAAGGUCGCCCUCUCCUUCAGGACAUAAAACGGCUUCCCGUGCGUCGUGAAACGUGACCGGCAAAUCACACGAGAUGUUAGCGGUUGUUUUUUUUUAUUAUUUACGUCGCUAGUGUCCUUCGCUGGUAUAGUGGCCUAAUUAAUUUAACAUCCUUUUCAAGCGCGGGCGGAAGGGGGGGGGGGGGGAACAGCCAUUCACAGCGGUUAUACUCGGCCACGAAUGUCAAAUAUUAUAACGUACCGCGCGUGCCUGUGUUAAGGUUUUUUUUGGUUUUUACACGAACGUUCUCCCGGAAGCAUUUACAUUUGCUCCGAACGUUUGCAAAGUUUUGCAGAUUUCGCGAGCGGCUUUGUGGCUCCAGGCAACGACCGACGAGCUCGGAAGCUGUCUCUCAGUGGCGAUCCGGACAGAACGGCCGAUGCCGGUAGCGGGGGGCGGGGGGGGGGUGGUACGUGUUACGUAAGAAAGGGAGGGCUUACAGGGGUUGUACAGAUCGAACAAUAGCGGGGAAAUGUUAUAUGCACGGCUAAUAAAACAUCUGCAACUAUCUACGGUAGAAUUGUAGCCAGCGGUUCAAAAUAACGUAACGCAUGACACUUGUGGGAGGGACGCACAUCUGGCAUUAAGACUGGAAUUUAAACAGCGUAAGUUCCACGUGCAUUACUUGCAAAAAAUGGCAUUUCUCAAGUUAAGUCGCAAAAUGCGUUUAUGAAUGGCAUUCACAAGUUGUGCGAGCCAGACACAAUCAGCUCCGAGUCUCCACAUUGGAUCUAUUGAUGAAGUGUGAUAUUUAUUUGAAUGUUAUUAAGUUUUUUUAAAUUUGAAAAACAUACAUACCUGUCAACCCCUUAUCAUUGCCUACCUUAUUACAGACCAAUUCAGACCUUAUUCGUCACCCCGUGCCACUUGUAAAUCUCAACGUUCAUCCUACAAAGCCCGUAUUGAAAUGGCUGUACGCAGUAUGGACCUGAAAACUUAAUUUCCCUAUACAAGAAUACGGGGUAAACCUUAUGGGUUGACGAGUAUAAACAUGUUGAAUAGAAAGAUAUCCGUCAUUUACAUUGACAAUCAAAAAAAAUAUGUAUUUUAGGCACGUGGCAAAUAAGAUGGAGGAGAGCGAUAUUGUUUUUUUUUUAAUCGGCAAUAUUAUGAGUUUCAUCAGCUUCGUCAACAUUUAUGCCCUGCCCCCUACGUGUCUCUCGAUCCGGCAGCGGAAUGUCAAGUGACAUGUACCGGCACCAAGGCCACGUGCUUCGUUGGAGUCGCCCGUCCAAACAACAACAACAACAACUGUCAACAGUGCUGGCUUAGCUUUAAGCAUAAAGUAUGCACCCUGUCUCCCCGCCACCCACCCACCCACCCCCCGUCCAUUAGGACAUUGCACCGAGUGAUAGUGCUAUUUAUCUCCUACUUUCUCCAGCCGAGCGGUGCGCGAGUUUCAUCAUUUUGAAUGUCACCCUCCACGAAUAAUUUACCUCUUCUUUCGCACGGCCGCUGAUGCAGAUGCCGAGCGACUACUACAAUUGUCCCACAUUCAGGUGGUCAAGCCACAGAACAACGUCGUCAACAGCAGCGGAGGAGCGUCUCAUCGCCGUGAUGUCCCCUUCGUAUUUGUGGAUCGGGGCGUUGCCUCGUUAGUUGUUUACGGUCCGUUUCGGAUGACCCACAGUCGCCACACGACUACUGGAGACCUUUGAAUUUUCCAUUUGUGCAUCGGGUAUCGUCAGCAUCCGUUGCUGCCAUGGCUUGUGCAGUGGAUUGCGGGUUUAGGGGUCGACCGUGAGCAGCUUCACUGGAGAUCAAACCCCAGGGGGGGGGGGGGGGGGGGAUCUUCUGCGUUGGGUCUGUCGCAACGAGGUGUUUUAUUGCGAUGUCUUUUGACCUCCAUUCAAAAUUAUAACGCUUGUUGAUGACUCCCCUCUUCCGCCGUGAGAGGGUGCUGUGAUGCUUUGACAAGAUGGAAGAGAAGGAUCCCUGGUGUAAGCAAGCUUUAGGGCUUAGUGAAAACCAAUCUAAUGUGAUUGGACUUAUCAAUGAAAUAAAUCCGAUUGGAUGCCCAAGGCCUUCGACUGUCGUAAUCUGUAGCCUAAUGCACGUGGUGGGUAAGUGGGAAUGUGCUGAGUUGGUUAAAGUUGGCGCUACAAUGUCAGGGUCGGAAUAAGGGCUAUUGUGACGUGCAGUGAAACCUUGGAUUGCGAGCAUAAUUCGUUCUGGAAACGUGCUCGUAAUCCAAAGCACUCGUAUAUCAAAGCGAAUUU